GCCCAAAAGUCCACAAGUUUGUUUUUAAUUUCUGGGUCAGCCGGGGAUUAAGCUGUGGCUCAGUGGUUAGGUGGUGCAGCGAACGGGUAUCUCAACUGGGCGGUGCGUUGGGUCUAAGAUAUAUGUACAUAUGUAUAUACAGUGCGCGGGCGGGUCAUUUAUAUACAGCAUCGUUGGGGCAGUGGUUGAGUUUGGUUUCAGAUCGGUGUGCUGGGUGGGUCAAGCUGUAUCCAAUAACAUCGAACAUCCUUACAUUAUGACGCAAGAUGCAUAGCUACACAUGUGUCUGAACCCUAGGGUGGACCUCCAUCUUUUGGCUUGCACAAGACUUAAACAGAUAUUACGCAUUCGCAACGUUGCCUUUGCUUGCACAGUUGGGAUGCAAAAAGCUUGCCUACUUAACUGGUUUCUAUUGAAGUUCAGCAAUGAGAAUUUAAUUUCGUUUUUCCAAAAGGUCCACCCUAGUCUAAAUACACAUAUGUACAUAUGCAUAUUGAUACGACGUAGUGUGGUUGUGAGUAAUGUGCAAUGGGAGCAUUAAGAUGGAACACAAACAGCAAACGUAUAUAUAUUUACAGCAACUUAGCUAAGUUAAUUAUCAAUUAAGCAAGUUGUCCUGCACUCUAACCCUAAAUACCAAUAAUCAAAUCUCAAUAAAACGUAUCUAAGAGAUACACAUCAUCGGCAUCAACGUAGAUAGCCGUUUUCAUUCAUCAAAUCAUCGGAUUAUCACUAUCAUCAUAAAUCAUAAACAGCGAGUGCUUGUCCAAAUGUAUAUGCAUGGAACACAGAAAGUGUCCAGACAAGAUCGAUCUCUUGGGGAUUCGAUGUACAUAUAUAUCCUUGCUUUGGAUUAUCAUCACAAUAGACUGUCGGAAAAAUGGGCAUUUUGUUGUUUCUUUUAAGCAUUUAUCUUCUAAUUUUCGAAUAUUUUGCGUUAUUUUGUUGUAGCUUCUUGCCAUGGUUUGCCAUCGGUUUAUUUGAAUAUAUUAUGGAAAUCGGAAAGAUAUUUUUAGGACCAGCAAAGAGCGAAAUGCGCGCGCAUAUAGUAUUACACAUACAAAAAGCAGAAACCACGGCCCGUACAAAAGCAAAUUAUCGAGAGAGCUGGCUCCGUUUCCUCCGAGUUUCAUCGAGAAUUCGCAUGUGUUUGGAAUUCCACUCGGCCGUAUAUAUAUUCUAAACAUUUUUUGGGCACCAGACCAACAGACCAGCGGACCAGACGGACCUCGGCAUUUUGUAAAUAAUAAUAAAAUAGAUAGAGAAGAAAAUGUUCUGCCUCCGCUGAAUUCUUAAAAUGUAUUCGCGUGUUAUAUUUGGGAGAUGAGUAAACACGUAUAUCCGAAAGAGAUAUGAAGAUCAUCGCGCAGCAAUAAAUUUGCUGAAGAUUCAAUUCCCACGAUCUCGCAAAAAUUGCAAUCUUUUCACACUCGCAUCAUUUUGUCAGAAAAUGUUGUCACAUAUUUAUUAUUUCGGUCUGGUUUAAUUGUGGUUAGACUGUGUAUGCACAUAGUUCACGUAUAGUAUUCAGUUAUUAAAUUGUUAGAACUAGGUUUAUGUAUGAUUUACUACACAAAUGUUUACACUGAACCUGAAAAUGCUAUAUACAUCAUAUGCAGAACGUCUAGGUGAUCACAAAUCAUAAUAUCUUUGAGCACAAGGACAUUCUGUGGUGAAACACCAGCUAGUUAGGUACUUGGAGUUGCUGCCGCUGGAAAUAUUAGUUUGGAGCAGAGCGAUCGACGCGUUGGAGCCACGUAAAACCGCCAAAGGACUAAUACUACUUUACCCAAAACCUCAAAGGAUAUCUUCGCGAAAGAGCACAAUGAACAUAAAUUACAUUGUCAUACUGCAGCUGCUGGGAGUGCUGGUGGUGCUGACCUACGCAAGUGCGAUCCCCAAAUACGAAGAUAGCCAUAAGUUCUAUGCGGAUAAGGCGCAGCGGGAUAGGACGUACUAUAACGAGAAUAAGACCCAGCCCAGUGAACCGCAGACAGCUUCCACAAAGGAUAGACUGGAGCGCCUAGGCUAUACCACUGGCUACGGAUCCCUAAAUGGUUACCCUGGCGGUACUGGACUAUCCGCCUACAAUCCCAUAAAACUGGACCUGGGCGGCGUUGUCUUGGGCACUCUCGUGGGCAUUGGCGCCAUCAUACUCAUUCCCAAGAUUCUAUCCGCCUUCCAUGGUGGUUACGGCGGAUACGGCCGCAGCGAGGACAGCGACCUGACACCUCUCAGCAGCAUGAUUAAUAAGAUUGACGAUGUUUUGGGCCAGAAUAAUAUUGACUCCACGAGUUGCAUGCAACGUGCUGUGUGUGGUUAUGUUCGCUCUACGGAAUAUAAUAUGAAAGCCGGAUCCUCAGACCAGAUGGAUGAAUUUAUUCAUAUGCUUUCGGAAAACGCCCUGGUGGACUACCUCCUUGAUGGAACGGCUAUAAAGGAGGCAUUGGAGCAUGGGAAACGAGCCAACGAUCGAGCCUGUGAAGAGGUGUACUCCAAUUGUCCACUGGACAGUAAAUCAGCCACGGAUAUUCUAAUGAAGCUGAUGCCAAAGAAAACCCCUCAGGGAAAAGGAAAAUCAUCUGGAAUUUCCCGAGAAAAGAAGGUUUAGUUAAUGUUGUUCCCUUAAAUGUCAAAAAGAUUGUUUUCCAUACGCAUAUUUUCUCAACAUAUUA